CUGUUGCACACUGGGAAUUCCCUAAAGAUCCGCCGUGAGGGCGUCCGCUUGUUCCUGCUGUGGAUGCAGGCGCUGCAGAGCAACGCGGAGCGGGAGCAGCUCUGCAUGUUUGCCUGUUUGAUUCCCGGCUUCCCGGCGCCGCUGUGCCACGGGACCCCGCGCACGCUGGACACUCUGAUCAACACGCCGCUGAGCCUGACCGAGACUCAGGUCACACCUGAGGAAAUCACACCAUUGGUUGCUCCCCAGUCAGGUGACAAAAACCAGGAAGACCUCACCGCUUACUUCCUAGAAGCUCUGCUGAAAUAUAUGGUAAACCAGGCAAAGUCUUUGGAGUGGCGGUGUAAAGAGAACCACGAGCGGGGCUUCAGCUUCCUCUUCGGCCACUUCAGGAAGUUUUACCUCCCUCACAUAUUCCCCAACUUCGCCAUGGAGACGAGCCUCUACAGCCCCAUGUUAGAUGUGCCACCGAUGCGUCCGAAGCCGUACUACAGCGUGGUGCGCAGAGAGCAGGACGGGGGGGAGACGCUGUACUGCACCAAGGAGAGCUUCCUCCAGGCCAGAGAGAGAGCAUCCCAAAGAACAUACAGCGGGCGGCGGCCGGCCUGGCUGCUCGAUCUGCAGGCAGCUCUGAGGACAGCGGUGGGGGGGGGGCGGUCGGACGUUCACCUGGAGGGAAGCGGCAGCUCGCUGGGGCCCUCCGGUGGCAGCCUGGGGAUCUGCGGGGGCCCGGGGAACAUCGGGGAACCCGAGCAGAGCCACUCCAACACCUCCACGCUGACGGAGCGAGAGCCCAGCUCCUCCUCGCUCUGCUCCAUGGACGAGGAGCAGCUCACCGACAUGGAGGUGGUGCGGAGGGUCCUGACCUGCUCCAGGACCAACGUCAACUUCAUCACUGAGAUCUUCAGACAGGCAUUUCUUCUUCCCAUGUGUGAGGCGGCUGCAAUGCGAAAAGUGGUCCGUGUUUACCAGGAGUGGAUCUCCAUGGAGGAAAAACCCGUAUUCAUGAAGGAGCCAGAGGAAGGCCCCUAUCCUAUUCUGGCUGCCUCCAGUCUGGAUGCUGCUUCUCAUCUGGGAGACAAAGAAGUGGAGAGGAUGAACAAAGAGAUUGAGGGUGAAUUGCUGGAAUACAGCGUUCAUGCUGGAGUUCAGACUACUCUGCAGGUGUUCAUCACCCAUUCGGCCAACGUUUUCCUCCUGGAACCCGCCAAUGACAUCAAAAUCCUUUUGGAGGAGCAUGUCGACAUGUGCAAGCGAGUCCUGAACAUCUACCGCAGCCUGGUCAUGCACGAGACCAUGGACCAGAAGACAUGGGAGCAGAUCUUACUGGUCCUUCUGAGGGUGACGGAGUCUGUAAUGAAGCGGCCUCCAUCCAUUAUGCCUCACGGGAAGAAGAACAACACGCUCUCGGGCCGACUGGCCGGGCCUAUCUUUCAGACGCUGAUAGUAGCCUGGAUUAAAGCAAACCUAAACGUCUAUAUAAGCAGAGAGCUGUGGGAUGACCUUCUCUCGGUCCUCUCCUCCCUGACCUGCUGGGAGGAGCUGGUCACCGAGUGGUCCCUCACCAUGGAAACCCUCACAAAGGUGUUGGCCAGGAACCUGUACACCGUUGAUUUAAACGAGCUGCCUCUGGACAAACUCAGUGAGCAAAAACAGAAGAAACAUAAAGGAAAAGCCACUGGGCUGGAGGGUCAGCGGCAGGUGGUGGACCGUUCCUUCUCCAAAGGCUGGAGCCGGGACCAGCCGGGUCAGGCGGCGGCCAUGAGGCAGCGGAGCGCCACCACCGCCGGCUCUCCGGGGAUCGAAAAAGCCAGGAGUAUCGUUCGCCAGAAGACUGUCGCCCUGCGUAGCUGCUCUACGGGGGACUCUCUGCUGUCCUCCGCCUUUAUCCGCAGUGCUAAGAGUGCUCCUGCUCUGGCUCCGCCUCUUCCUGUCCUCCUCCACCACCACCACCCUUUUCUGCCCCCCCUUGCUGACCAUCUGGCAGACCUCGAGGACCCACCGAUCUCGCUGACGACCCGCGGCUCCCGAAUGCGCCACUCCUCCCAGAGCGACGAGGCCCCGCCCACUUCCUGCUCCGAGGUGUUUCAGGGCGUGGCCUGCGACCUGGACCCUCCGGCCCCGUCCUCCCUGGCGCGGAGCAGCAGCGCCUCCGACAUCAUGGAGCCUUUCAUCGCAGAGCGGGUCAAAGGUGAAGACCCCCAGAGGGAUCCCGUUCUGAUCCCAAACCCCCCCCACCACCACCACCACCACCACCACCACUCCACAACUACCGCCAACAGUCACACAGCUCCACCGCUCUCACAGUCCCUCACCACCCCUUCCCCCACACCUUUUCCCUUUUCCAACGGGGUCGUUCCCACUCCCUCAGAGGUGCAGGAUGAUGGUGGCGUUCAGAGCCAGCCCUGGUUUCAGCUCAGCUCCGGGUGUAGCUCCGACUGGGUGAGCGACUGGGACUCGGCCUUCGCCGCGUCCACCGAAAAGCAGAGCGACCCGGAGGAGGUGGAAACGGGCGUGGAGGCAGAGGAGGAUGAUCUGUUCUCCUCUAUUAGGGACUUCCUCACUCACAAAGGUGAGAGGAGGGAGGAGCAGGGAGAAAACGGCCCGGCUCUACCCACACCGGUGCAGACGGGGAUAGCCAGGUCACAGUACGACCACGCGGGGCAGCUGGGAGAGGCAAAACAGGUCGUGAGGGGGGGCAGAGAGGGGGGUACUUCAGGGAGACACAGCAGUGUGGAUUCUACUGAGGAGACGGAGGCCGAGCAGCGCAGCAUCUACGAGUGUCUGGAGCUGCAGUGCGAGUGGCCGUCGCCCAUUAAGGGAAGCGCCAGUUUAGAGAGAAGCAACGGGGAGAAAAAGGGAGCCGGAGGAAUUGCCGGAGCAGGAUUAGAAGCGAAACCCGACCCCUGGAGUCAGUCAGGAGACCAAAAGAAAGAGGAUAAAGAAGUAGAAGCAAACGACAGGCCCAUAUUGGUCAGACAGGAAGCUGAAUCUCACUGUGAGGCCUCAGACCCGGCCAAGGCCAAGACGUCCCGGGGUAAGAGGCACCAGUCCGGGAGCGUCCACGUCAGCUUCCGGCCCUCCACCGAGUCCGUCCAGUUCCACAACCCCCUGGAGAACAAGGAGGCCCACUGGAGGGCCCGCCUGCGCAGGCUCAGCCACUUCCACACGCACAGCCACUCCGCCGGGGAGAGGACGGCCGGCGGGGGCGGGGCGGGGUCAGGAUCAGGGUCUGGGUCAGGGUCAGGAUCGGGGGGGAAGCUGGGAACAGGGGCCCCAGGUAAGUUCGGCUCUGUUGGCCACAAAACGGGAGCGCUUGAUAAAUCCUCUGGGACUUCUCUGGAUGGUGGAGCCUCUGGAGGCUCGGAAAGCCGGCCCGGAACCGGAGGGGAAAAGCUCCACUCUGGGGCCGCCAUGGGGUCUGGACUAGGUCCCGAGGGCCCCCCGGAGGGGUUCUCCGGUUCCUCGGGUUCCUCCGGUUCCUCGGGCGGGCACUCGGGAGUGCGGGGGCGUUUGGGGCGUUCCGCCUUGCGUUCUCGAGCCUCCCGCUCGCGCUCCCAGGAGCCCGGCAGCACCGCCUCGCGCCACCACCAGGGGGCGCUCCUGGGCGGCGUCUAUAAGAGCGUGGUCCACGCCCUGUCCUCCAAACCGCGGCCCAGAGGCCAGGGCUCGUCCCAGGGCUCCUCGCCCCAGCGGCAGGGCCGCGUCGCCAUGGGAGACGCCUCGCUCAGGGACCUCUACUCACACGUCCUGGGCUACUUUGGACGAAAGACGACCGCGCCAGGGUUUGGGGAUUUCACUUCACACCUCCUUCCCCUGUUCUCCACCUUCAUCCUCUCCUCAAUUUUGCAUGCGGCCUCGUCGUGCCUCCUUCGCCUCCUCCCCGGAUACUGGCCCAUCUCCAGCAUCUCAGAAGGAAACCGCAUUCUCCAGAGAAGUAUCUUGUGUAGAUCAGACGGUCGCCGUGGCAGCAGCCCGGGGAGCCUGGAGGUUCCCAGGGACCUGCCGGAGCUCUUGGAGGCCGGUCACAGUCCCGGGUCACGGCCCGCCGACGACAUGCGGCCCAUCGACGACCCGGGGGUCCCCUCUGAGUGGACGUCGCCCGCCAGUGCCAGCGGCUCUGAUGUCAUCAGCUCCGACAGCCAAUCGGACUCGUUCAACGCCUUUCAAUACUCCACCUGCAAAUUCGAAAAUUUUACCUUCAGUUCGGACGCAUGUGGAGGAGCGGCUGGUGCCAGAGGAGCGUCCGGAGGGGGGGGCCGUGGCAGCUCAUUGGACCAGGACAGCCUGGGAGGGGGCGUGGCUUCUGAAGAGCACGAGGUGGCCAGUUUGACGACGCUUCACAUCGAUUCGGAGACCAGCAGCCUCAGCCACACGGUCACCGGUCGCCGUGGCAGCAGCCCGGGGAGCCUGGAGGUUCCCAGGGACCUGCCGGAGCUCUUGGAGGCCGGUCACAGUCCCGGGUCACGGCCCGCCGACGACAUGCGGCCCAUCGACGACCCGGGGGUCCCCUCUGAGUGGACGUCGCCCGCCAGUGCCAGCGGCUCUGAUGUCAUCAGCUCCGACAGCCAAUCGGACUCUUUCAACGCCUUUCAAUACUCCACCUGCAAAUUCGAAAACUUUACCUUCAGUUCGGACGCAUGUGGAGGAGCGGCUGGUGCCAGAGGAGCGUCCGGAGGGGGGGGCCGUGGCAGCUCAUUGGACCAGGACAGCCUGGGAGGGGGCGUGGCUUCUGAAGAGCACGAGGUGGCCAGUUUGACAACGCUUCACAUCGAUUCGGAGACCAGCAGCCUCAGCCACACGGUCACCGUCACCGACGUUGCCACGGUGAUGUGGCGGAGGAUGUUGGGCAUCCUGGGAGAUGUCAACAGCAUCAAAGACCCAGAGAUCCACGCUCAGGUCUUUGACUACUUGUGCGAACUGUGGCAAAACUUAGCCAAGAUAAGGGAUAAUUUGGGCAUUUCCCUGGACAACCAGUCAUCUCCCCCUCCUCCUGUUUUGAUCCCUCCUCUCAGAAUACUCACUCCAUGGCUUUUCAAGGCCACCAUGUUGACAGAGCGUUACAAGCAGGGGAAGCUUCAUGCCUACAAGCUAAUCUGCAGGAUCAUGAAGAGACGACAAGACGUUUCCCCAAACACAGACUUUCUCACACACUUCUACAAUAUUAUGCACCAAGGACUUCUGCACCAAGACCAGGACAUCGUGAACACCAUCAUCAAGCACUGUAGUCCCCGUUUUUUUAGUAUCGGUCUGCCCGGAGCCACUAUGCUAAUCCUCGACUUCAUCAUCGCGGCAUCGAGAGUCACCGCCUGCUCAUCUCUCAACGCUCCCAGAGUGGAGGCCCAGAUCCUUCUGGGGUCUCUGGUGUGUUUUCCUAACUUGUACGGGGAGCUUCCAGCCCUCCAUCCCACCACGGCUGACGUGGUGCUCACCAAGUUUCCUGAUGUAAAGGAGCACGUUAUCAGAACCAUCCUGACUUCUGCAAGGGAAGAACCCUCAGCUCCAGCUCGGUGUGUUGCUCUGUGCAGUUUGGGGAUCUGGCUGUGUGAGGAGUUAGCUCGUGGGACUCAAUGUUCACAGAUUAAAGAAGCUCUCAAUGUCAUCUGUGUUACCCUGAAAUACCCCAAUAAGAACGUAGCACUGGUGGCGUCGGACAUCCUUCAUCUCCUGAUCAGUUACGCGGAUCAUCUUCAAAAGUUCCCCCCCGACACUCCGAAGAAGAUAGUAGAGUACCCCAAUAAGAACGUAGCACUGGUGGCGUCGGACAUCCUUCAUCUCCUGAUCAGUUACGCGGAUCAUCUUCAAAAGUUCCCCCCCGACACUCCGAAGAAGAUAGUAGAGAUUCUGAUUGCAACCAUCACCUACCUUCUCCCUAAUACCGAGUCGUCUCCACACGAGUUGGAUAAGAGGCUGGUGGUGUCGCUCCUCCUGUGUCUGCUGGACUGGGUGAUGGCUCUGCCCCCGAAGACUCUCCUCCAGCCCGUGCAAACGCGGAGCACACCUGAGAGGGACCAGCCCACCAAGACCCUGCUCAGCUGCAUCUACAAGGUUCUGCACGGCUGUGUGUACGGGGCCCAGUCCUUCAGCAGCCCCCGGUAUUUCCCCCUGCAGCUGUCGGACCUCCUGAGCCCGGACUACGACCCCUUCCUGCCCCUGGAGAGCCUGAGGGAGCCGGAGCCUCUGCACAGCCCCGACUCUGAGCGCUCCAGCAAGCUGCAGCCCGUCACCGAAGAUCGCAGCCGAAUUCAGCAAGGCCUGGUUUCCAUAGCAGCCAGGACAGUUAUUACCCACCUGGUCAACCAUCUGGGGCAUUAUCCCAUGUCUGGAGGGCCGGCCACUCUGUCCAGUCAGGUGUGUGAAAACCAAGACAACCCCUUCUGUGACAGUCCGGACCUUGGACCAGAACUUUUCCACUCACCCAACCUGCAGUUCCUGGUUCUGAAUGGCUCCACGCUGCUCUCAGUGCUUCAGGUAAUCAGCUCUGAGGGUGGGGACACACACCUGCUGCUCAAAUCUUACUGA